AUGUCUACCGAGGAAAAACUACAUGAAUUGAAAAAAGAACACAAGUAUGAUAGACAACAGUAUUUAAAACAGUUAGUUACCGAAUUUCAGGUUUCCAAACAUAAAGAUGUCAAAGAGCAAAUUUUGAGUAACUUAGUUAAUUUUGCUUACGACCCAUGGAAUUAUGAUUUAUUUCGUUCAUUAAAAAUUUUAGAUUUAUUUAUAAAUAAUCUUACAGAUACAGAUGAUAUUAUUGUUAAGCUUUCAGCAGCAGGCUUAUGUAACUUAUGUAUUGAUCCUUUAAAUAAAGAUUUUAUUGUUAAACAUGGAUUGACAGAUUUGAAAAAACUUUUAAACAAUAAACAUGAUGAAAUUAUAAUUUCUGUAAUAAGUAUUCUAAUGUACAUUAUUACACCUUCUUCCAAAACAGACAAAGUUUCUGUUAGAAGAAAAAUUACAUCAGAUGAUGUUAAAUUGUAUGCCGAUUUAACUAAAGAUCAUAAUCCAAUUCAUUUAGAUCCGGAACAAGGUAUUGUUCAUGGAGCUUUUCUAAAUGGAUUGGUAUCUGGUAUUAUAGGUACUAUUUUACCAGGAAAUGGGACAGUUGUUGUUCAGCAAAAUCUAAGAUUUCCCAAGCCUUGUUAUGUCGGUGAUGAAGUUAUUAUAAGUGUUAUAGUCAAAAGUAUCAGGAAAAUUAUAGAAGUAGAAUUUUUUGUUAUUAAUGGACAAAAAAAAAAUGAACAAGUUGUUUUAGAGGGAAGUGCGAAAUUGUUAAUACCUUUCCAACAGGAGUCUUUAAAACUUGGAAAAGGAAAUGUUUUUCAUCCGAAUAAUUAUUUGAAAGGUUAUUGA